AUGCUGUCCGCCGCGCAGCUCCCCCUCGAGCAGCGCGCCCUCAUUCGACCGGCACUGCGCACCAUGCGAGCGCGGGCGGUUUUGAUGGAGCCGGCUGCGAGCGCGUGUCGUACCGGCUCACGACGCGAUUCGAGGGAGCUUCGUAUGCGGGAGGGUCACGAUGAGUGCCCGGCAAGGGGCAGCCUGCCGCAGAACGGAGGGCAUGCGAACCUCGACGCCGUGCAACCUCGCGACGCGAUGACGGUGACCACAACCUCGAUGAUGUUGCCGGUCCGCUGCUGUGCCGCAUGCAAGACGGCGAACGCCUCCCGCGAGCUGGCGGCGAUGGGGGGAGCUUGGCCAGGGCACGCCGCGGCCCCUGGGCUCCCUGUCGUCGGUCCGUUCCUCGAUAGCGCCAUGGGCGAGCCCUGCGAGCCGUCUCGAUCCCGUUGGAGGAGCGCGACAGAGAGCUCGUCGCCCGCGUCGAAAGGAUUGCUGCUUUCUGCCUGGGGGGGCAAGCGACGUCGCUGGGCGAGGAGCAGUCCCGGCGGAUAG